AUGGCGGCGGCGCGCGGCGCGGGGGGCGCGGGGGGCGCGGGGGCCGCGGGGGGCGCGGGGCUGCGGGCGUGCGGCGCGGGCUUCGCGUGCCCCGAGCUCGAGGCGCUGUUCGGCCGCUACGCGCUGCGGCUGGAGCAGGCGGCCGCGCUGCGGGCGCUCGCGGUGCUCAGCCUGCUGGCCGGCUCGCUGGCGCUGGCCGAGCUGCUGGGCGCGCCGGGCGCCGCGGCCGGCCUGGCCCGCGGCUCGCACCCGGUGCACUGCGUCCUCUUCCUGGCGCUGCUGGUGGUCACCAACGUGCGCGCGCUGCGGCCGCCGCAGCUGCGGCAGCUCGGCCGCCUGGCGCUGCUCUUCUGCCUCUCCUUCGCGCUGCUCUGCUGCCCCUUGGCGCUGGGCGGGCCCGCGGGGGCGCACGCCGGGGUGGCCGCGGGCCCCGGGGCCGCCGAGCGGGGCGUCUGGCAGCUGCUGCUGGUCACCUUCGUGUCCUACGCGCUGCUCCCCGUGCGCAGCCUGCUGGCCGUCGGCUUCGGGCUCGCGGUGGCCGCCGCGCACUUGGUGCUCACGGCCACUGCGUUCCCGGCCAAGCGCCCGCGUCUCUGGAGGACGCUGGGCGCCAACGCCCUCCUCUUCGUGGGUGUGAACAUGUACGGGGUGUUUCUGCGGGUGCUGGCCGAGCGCUGCCAGCGGAGGGCGUUCCUGCAGGCGCGGAACUGCAUCGAAGACCGGCUGCGGCUGGAGGAUGAGAACGAGAAGCAGGAGCGACUGCUCAUGACCCUCCUGCCUCGUAAUGUCGCCAUGGAGAUGAAGGAGGACUUCCUGAAGCCCCCCGAGAGGAUCUUCCACAAGAUCUAUAUCCAGAGGCAUGACAACGUGAG